AUGGCUCCCCAGCCGUCCUUAUCUUGCCUCCUGGGGCUAUGCGCUCUGCUGCUGGUUCCUCUCGUGCUUGUUGAGGGAAAGGAGUAUGUGAUUACCCUCGAUUCCUCGAAUUUCGACGAGGUGGUCCCCAACGAAGAGUUUAUUGUUGUCGAGUUCUACGCGCCGUGGUGCGGGCACUGCAAGAACUUGGCUCCAGAGUACGAGAAAGCGGCUAAGGCGCUUGCGGAGGCGGGAUCGGCGGUGAAGCUGGCCAAGGUGGAUGCGGACGAGGCGAAGAACAAGGGCCUCGCGAAGAAAUACGACGUCAAGGGCUUCCCCACCCUCAAGAUCUUCCGCAAGGGUUCGGACACCCCCCAGGAUUACAACGGGCCGCGCGACGCGGAUGGCAUUGUGAGCUAUUUGAACAAGCAGAGCGGCCCGGCGACGAGCGAGGCCAAGUCCGCAGAGCACAUCAAGGACCUCGCCGCGUCCGAGAGCGUCGUCGUGGUGGGCGUGUUCAAGGACCUCGAAUCGGAGGAGUUCAAGGCGUUCUCGGCCGUGGCGUCUCUCUUCCGCUCCGACUAUGUCUUCGUGCACACCACUGAUGCCGCGCUGCUGCCCGAGACCGGAGGGCCGCUCGCCGCGCCCGCCGUGCGCGUGCUCAAGCAGUUCGACGAGGGCUUCGCCGACACCACCGCGGUGGAGGUGGAGGCGUUGAAGGCGUUCGUGGAGCAGCACUCGGUGCCGCUGGUGAUCGAGUUCUCGCAGGACCCCAAGGACCGCACCUUCCUCACCAAGGUCUUCGAAUCCAACAAGCCCAAGGCGCUGCUGUUUUUCUCGUACAAGGCGGACAACGCGGCGGACUUCCGCGCGGAGUACACCAGCGCGGCCAAAGCGCACUCCGACGCCAUCCACUUCGUCAUCGGCGAGGCGGCCGUCAACGACCACGCGCUCAAGUACUUCGGGCUGACGGCGGCGGACACGCCAGCGAUCAUCGUCCACGAUCCCGAGUCGGACGGCAAGUUCGUGAAGAGCCUCAUCCAGCCCGCCGACAUCGCCGCUUUCAUCGCCAAGUUCAAGGCGGGCGAGGCGGAGCGGGUGGUGAAGUCGGAGCCGAUCCCGGCGGACAACAGCGGUCCCGUGAAGGUGCUCGUCGCCAAUGCCAUGCAGGAGAUGGUCUUCGACUCGGGCAAGAACGUGCUGAUCGAGUUCUACGCGCCGUGGUGCGGGCACUGCAAGAAGCUGGAGCCCAUCUACAAGGAGGUGGGGCAGGCGCUCUCCAGCGACCCCGAUGUCAUCGUUGCCAAGAUGGACGCCACCGCCAACGACGUCCCACAGGCAACCUUCUCUGUCAAGGGCUUCCCCACCAUCUAUCUGUACACGUCUGAAGGCAAGGUGGUGUCUUACAGUGGUGACCGCAGCAAGGCGAGCCUGGUGGAGUUCGUGCAGAAGAACAAGACAGCUGCCAAGGGGGAGAAGAGCGCCGAGGAGAAGGCCGAGGAGGCCGAGCUGGCUGCGGGUGGCAAGGCGGACGAGGGCGAGGGUGCUGUCGCUGAUGCCAAGGAUGAGCUCUGA